AUGUUGAGGACUCAGCCUGAUGCUCCCAUAUAUCCAAAGCCUUUAUUAGGCAGAAAAUUUGCCCCAAUUUCAGGUGCUGUUGAGAAGCGUACAACUGCAGGAAAAACCCAAUUCCAAGACUUUGAAGUGUCUGAAAUUCCUGCAACUGGCAAAUCAAUUCGACCUCAGCAGUCUUCUAGAUCAGGCACAACCUCUCGAAGAAAUCUCACAGGAAGUGUCCAGGAUGGGCAUACCCAAAUCAUUGGCAAAGAAAACCGAGAAACUGCCUGUAUUAAAACCCUACAAAUUGGCUACCCACAAUCAUAUAUUGACUUAUUCUAUUUAACUCAUGGAAAAUUUCAAGAUUUAGAAAUAAAGGAGCAAGUGAUCAAAGAUUUAAGAGAAAGGCUUAUCCCUGCAGAACAAUUAAAUAGAGAAGGAGACUACCCAGGAGCUUUUCAAGGGUACCAUGAGCUAGGGAGUUAUUUUGAAAGGAUGGAAAUUUAUGAUGCAGCUACUUAUUUUUAUGAUAGAUGCGUAGAAAUUGCUAAUAAAAGAGAGCUUUUUUAUGAAGCUGCAACUGCUUAUCAAGGGUUGGGAAACUGUGCUUAUAAGACUAAGCAGAUUGAAUUGGCGAUUUCCAUGUUUGAAAGAGGAGUCAAGAUUAGUGAAACACAUGAUUUGAAGCACUCAGUAAUAACAUUAAGCAGAUGCCUUAUAGAAGUCUAUAGGCUGGAAGCCGACAAACUUGAGGAAGAAGGAAAAACUGACCUUGCUUUAGGAUACCACUCAAAGUGCCUAGAAAGUGCUAAAAAUGCGGAUGAUCUUGUAGCUCAAGGAAAUGCAUGCUAUAGAAUGGGGCUGAUUUAUUUUCAAAAUACAGAAUACCAGACUGCUUUGGAGUAUUUUCAAAGAUAUCUUGAAUUAAGCCGAAAUGCUGACUAUCUUGAAGGAGUAACCAAUGCUUUAGCCAAAAUUGCUGCAGCUUAUCAAGAAAUGUCCAAUAUUUCUCAAGCUAUUAAACACCUAGAGCAGCUGAAUCAAGAAGCCUCUGAAAAUAAUAAGCAUUCGGCAGAGGCUGAGGCAUCAUUACAUUUAGGCCUAUUGUAUCAAAAGCAAGGCCAGCAUAAGAAAGCUGUGGAGUUUCUAGACAAGCAUUUCAGCUUAGCUAGGAAGUUACAAGAUCGUACCCUAAUUGAUACAGCAAGAGUAAACCUUGGAAUAGCUCAGGCAAAUUGCACAAUUGACAAUUUUAUUGAUGUAAUUGGAGGGAAUUUGUCUGGACUUAUACAAUGGAAGACCAAGCGAAGCAAGUUUUAA